CUGGCCUCCAGUUCCCAUUAGAGAAUUUAAACUACUAGAACCUUUAAAAACUGAAGAAAUGUUUGCGAUGAAACAGUAUAUACAUUGACAUUAAUAUUUACAUUGAUGUUGUAACAAAACUAAAACUUGGCUGUAAUGAGAUAAAACGGGAGACUGGUCAAUUGAAAGUAGGCUAAAUAACACCAUAUUUUUAACAAGCAAAAAUGUGAUCUUACACAGUAUAACUGCAUUAUGCAUAUAAACAGUACAUGUAUAUGUGUUCCAUGUUCUGUAAACAUUCAGAAUAUAGUUUAAAUAUUGUGAUAUUAAAUAGUGACAUGAUAACAAAUAAAGUGACACAAAUUGUGAGUAUAAAAGCUUCAUUAAAAAAGCCAAGAGGUUUAUGUGGCAGUAUGUAUAUCUCGUCUCUACAAUAGGUAUAAACGAUAUAAUGUUUUCCUUCCUAGUAAGAAGACCGCCAUUGACAUUGCUGCUGAAACCAGCACUCACUAAGAGUCCCAUUACAAGGCCCAGCAAUACAUAUGUGAAGCGAAUGUUGUCUGAUUUGUACCCAAAACUUAUAAAGCAGCAAGUCACAUGGUUUUUGAGGCAGAAUGAAUUUAGCAGUGGUGAAUUAAAUGAGGGUGUCAUAAAGAGUUUUAUGUCAAAUAGUUUGCCAGCCUGUAGUCCUACAGAAGACAGAGCAGCAGAAGUCAAACUCAAUCUUCCUUCUGAUGAACCGACUCACAGAUACAUAUUUGGUGUCUUUGAUGGGCAUGCUGGUGGUGAAUGUGCUCAGUUAAUUAGUGAAAGAAUAUUCAGCUAUAUUGCAGUUAUGCUAUCUCCAUACUCUAUUCUGGAAAAGAUACAGAAGGAAGAAUUAAAUCCAUGUCAUGACCUGACAUUUCGCUUUAAUCACAAGGGUAGCUAUUAUAAUUCACAUAUGGACAAAAGAUACAAAGCAGCAUUACAAAAACUUGCAAAUGACCUGCUUGAAUCACCUAAUCAUGACUGCUCUAAAGAAGACUUGCUUAAAGGAGCAUUCAUGCGACUGGAUCAUGAUUUACUUGCUGAGUGUAUUCCAAAAGAGGGCCAGGAUGAUUUAAUUGAUCUUGAGUGCCUAUCACUUGCUUUUACAGGAUCUUGUGCAAAUAUUGCAUAUAUACAUGGGAGAAAUGUUUAUGUUGCAAAUACUGGGGAUUGUAGAGCAAUUAUAGGACAGCAAAAUCACAAAGGGGAAUGGCUACCUGUUGCACUGUCAAAAGAUCAUGAUGUUAACAAUGCUAAUGAAGUACAGAGAAUUUACAACCAGCACCCAGGUGAGGAGAGUACAGUCAUUAGAAACGGAAGGCUUCUUGGAGACCUGGCACCAUUGAGAGCAUUUGGAAAUGCAAGAUAUAAAUGGCCUGCCAGGGUUAUGAAACAUAUACUUAAUAUCUGUUUCAACCCCAAUGCAAUCAGUGUGUAUGGUGAUCAUUUAAUACCAAAGAAUUAUCACCGACCUCCUUAUUUGACAGCAGAACCUGAGGUGAUUCACCAUGCAUUGACUCCAAACGACAAGUUCCUAGUUCUUGCCUCAGAUGGCUUGUCAGAAUAUCUUGACCCUCAAAAGGUUAUAGACUAUGUAGCAGAGCACAUGGAAGAAAGGCAGAUAAUGACAAAUUUUUCUUUGCCAAGAGAAGAUAUUACGAUUAAGGAGAUAAACAAACUACUUAAAGACAGAAAGAAAAGUUUAGUACAGAAAAAAGAAGAUGAAAAUGUUGCAACUCACCUCUUGAGAAUGGCUCUUGGGCCAGACCAUACAUCAUUAUCUCAGCACUUGAGCCUGUCUGAAGAUGAGGUGAAGCACUACAGAGAUGAUAUUACUAUUACUGUUGUGUACUUCAAUACAGAUUAUAUCCAUGUGAUGCAAAGAAAUUGACCCUGCUGUGGUUGCUGUUUACAGUCAUAUAGCUUAAUAAUAAGGUAUAUUCAUACAAUACAGACAAUCACAUCAAUAUUUUUUAUUGAUGUUUAUACCAGUAAAACUGCAUGCUAUACAUGUUUACAAUUUGUAUUACAUAAUAAAACAUUAUAUUGAAUGCUUACAUCAGCAGUAUUUGAAAAUAUAUCAAAGAAACUGACCACAACUCUAAUUUCUAAAACACAGGCAGGAUAUUUAAAUGCUACAAAAUAACCUUAACACUUUUUUUGACUAAGAACUGAGAAACAAUAAUCGGAAACUCAAUUCAAGAAGGUUAAUUUAAGCUAAGUCACUAAAGUGUGUAAUAACCUAGAGAUAUUGCUACAUGUUAAGAGAUACUAGAUGCAGUCAUGUAUUUAAAAAAGUGCUUUACAUGGAAUAAGAUAGUGACUGUACUGUGUAGAUUGUUAUUAAUUUGAAAAAUGUUGUAUGAUUUUUUUUGUUAUCAUUUUGAAAAUGCCUUUUUUGAAGCAUCAGCAGUCUUAUGAAAUUUUGCCUGCACUGUUACUUGAGAAAGGUUUUUCAACGACUAUGAAACUUCACUCGAAGCUUUCCCAGAAGGUGACCCCUUUUGCUUUUAGGUCAGUAUGUGAAGGUCGCAUUUGACAGUCUAAUGAAAAUAAUUUGCCCUUUUUUUAGUCUAGGGCCAUGAAACUUUAGUGGUAGGUUGCCCCUCAUCAGUAGGUCAAUUGUCUCAAGUCUUAUGAAACCUUUGUUCACACAAUAACUUAGACCAAUAAAACUUCCAUGGUACAUUGCUGUUGACCAAGAGAUGACUCCUAUGUAUUCAUUUACCAAAAAUGGGUUAUGUUCGUAGAUCAAAGGUCACUUUCAACUGUCUUAUGAAAACUUGAUCUGCAGCUCAAAGGUUGAAAUGUAAGUCUCACUUUCCUGAGAAACUUUUUGCAAA